CGUGCUGAGCAAGCAGCAGCAGCAGCAGCAGCAGCAAGAGCGGCAGGCAGCAACAUCGCCUCCCUGCGACACGUCUGCCCCCGCCACAAUGCCAGUCCCAAGGGGACCCGGGGGGACGCCGCUACCCCAGGGACAAUCACAUGGAUAAUCCCCUCAUCCCUGUGCCGGGCGUGUCCUCCUGCCACGAGGCGAUUAGGGCGCUGUGGGCUCUCUUGGUGUGAUGAGGCUGCAGAGCGCCAAUCGGGGUCUGUCUGGCGGUCCACGACGCGCACACUGAGCAGGGGGAGAGGCAGGCAGCGAGCAGCGCGCAGCAGGUGGACUGUGGGCGAGGUGCUGCAGGAUGGACAUUGAUACUCGCUUCCGCUACUAUUUCCAGCACCCGUGGUCUCGGCUGCUGGUGGCCUAUCUGGUGACUUUCUUCAACUUCCUCAUCUUUGCUGAGGAUCCCGUCUCCCACAGCCAGACAGAGGCACACAUGAUCGUGGUAGGCAACUGCUUCUCGUUCAUCGUGAACAAGUACCCUGGCGGCGGGUGGAACGUCUUCAAAGUGCUGCUCUGGCUGAUGGCCAUCGUUGUCGGCUUGUUCGCUGGGAAGUUCUUCUUCCACCAGCGGCUUUUUGGUCGAUAUCUGCGUCUCAAAAUGUUCAGAGAAGACCACGGCUCGUGGAUGACCAUGUUUUUCAGCACCAUCCUCUUCCUCUUCAUCUUCUCACACAUUUAUAACCUAUUCCUCCUGAUGGCUGGAGGUAUGGUCCCGUACAUGGUGACCGAGUACAUGGGGAUCCGGAACGAAAGCUUCAUGAAAAUGGCUGCAGUGGGGACCUGGAUGGGAGAUUUUGUCACCGCAUGGAUGGUGACUGACAUGAUGCUGCAAGAUCAACAUUACCCAGACUGGGGGAAGGCCGCCAGAAGUUUCUGGAAGCAGGGAAACAACAGGAUUGUCCUCUUCUGGGCCGUCCUCAUCUCCCUCACCUCGGUGGUGGUGCUCGUCAUCAGCACCGACUGGAUCAGCUGGGACAACCUGAACCGAGGCUUCCUGCCCAGCGACGAGGUCUCUCGAGCUUUCCUGGCCUCUUUCAUCCUGGUCUUCGACCUCCUCAUUGUCAUGCAGGACUGGGAGUUUCCACACUUCAUGGGCGAUCUCGACAUGAACCUGCCGGGACUGUCCACCACGCAGGUCAAGGUGAGGCUGCCGGUGUGCAAGAGCAUCUUCAAGGAGGAGUAUCACAUCCACAUCACAGGUAAGUGGUUUAACUACGGGAUCAUCUUCCUGGUGUUGAUCCUAGACCUGAAUAUGUGGAAGAACCAGAUCUUCUACAAGCCCUAUGAGUAUGGGCAGUACGUGGGCCCCGGUGAGAAGAUCUACACGGUGGAGGACCCUGACACGCUGGGUGAUUUCAACCGCAGCACACUAACUUGGGCAUGGCGCUCCACCAAUGUUGACCCCUCCACCAACCGCACCUACGCCCAGCACGAUAUGUUCCUGCAUAGUCGAUUUGUGGGUGCCAGCCUGGAUGUCAAGUGUCUGGCUUUCAUCCCCAGCCUUGCCGCCUUUGUUCUCUUUGGCUUCUUCGUCUGGCUGCUGGGCCGUUUCCAGGACAGCGAGCAGGGCCCUCAGAACCAGGACCGCACAUAUGAGCGCAUCAAGAGGAAGUCGCCGUCCGAGUACAGCAAAGAGAUGGGCACCACGCCCGAGGAGGUCCGCGUCUCAAUGGGCGAGGCUCUGAGGAGGAGCAACCCAAUGCUCCUUACAGUGGAGCCCCCACACUUUGCAUCCCUCUCCAGCAACUCUGUUUCUCCAAUCUCCACGGAGACCCAGGAGACCCACCCGAGCAUAGUCAUCGACAGCGUGGCCCCCGAGGAGCCCGCCGUUUCCUUCGAUGCCGGUAAAUCGUCCCCCUGAUGGGCAGAAAGAGAACCGGAGGGCUAUCAUCUAACACCUGACGGCAGCGAGAUUCAUCUGCUUUCAAGCCGUAGGUGUUCAAUUCCUGAUUCCCAGACCACUGUGAGCUCUGGAGGGUGCUUCUCUCCAGAGCGGGGAUGUUCUGGACUUCGAGCUCAAACCCGACUCGAGGAGUUCGAGGGUGGGAAAGGAAAAGCUGUCGACCAAACAGAGGUCUGCAAAAACUCUACCGCCAGUUUUUGUUCUGUUUCAGCGUGUUUGUUUCGAAGGGAUCUUUUUGCACCUUUUAGGGUUAAAUUAUCGUCCGUUAUCCUACCUCGCCACAGGUACACAUCUUGUUGGUGCUUUGUAGUUAUAUUUUAUAAAUCAAUAUAUUUUUUCUUACCCCUGUGUUAUGGUGCCUAAAGGAAGUAUUUAUACAUGGUAGGAACAUUAGCAGAACUGUUAUUCAAUGUAUUGUAAGAUUUUGUCAGAUAACGCUGUGCCUUGACUUGUUAUUUCCAUGAAAUGUCUCUUCUACUGUGUUAUAUAAGACCCACAAUAAUGUUUUGGGUUCUGGGUCGCUGCUGGCAAAUCGCAAAUUAUGGUAAGAACACCCAGAUGCCAGUUUUCCAAUAAUGCUUUACACAUAAGCUGGUUUUCCACAAAAAAUGGGCAAGUUUCUGAUCUUCUACACACAUGAGAUGAAAUUGCUCACAUCCCUGAGAUUAUGGCCAGUAAAAUAUUUUGUGCAGUAUCAUUGUCAUGCUUGUUUAUUGCCUUGAUGAAGCUCCACACUCAACACCCAUGUAUACAUUUAUUGCUGCCUGGUUGCUUAUUAAACUGGUGGCUUCUUUUUUUCCUUGUCAUCGGUGCAUUUGCCUUCUUGAGACUGACAUCCAAUCUCAUUCUGGUGGGUCAGCAACUCAGAAUAUUCUUUAUUACUCCCUAAAACAGCUUCUUUUUUAAUUUAUUAAGUGUUCCUGCUGAUAACUGAUCAGAUCAUUGUGAACCUUUUCAUUGUUAUGCUACAUUGUGCUUUGCAAAGU